UGACACUUCACUAGUCGAACAGCUGAUUUAACCAAAACAAAAAGCACGCCGGUGACUAAUAUGCCAUUAGCAAGAAAUUAGUUUUAUUAAAAAGUUAAUAUUUAACUUAAUAUUCACAUUUAAGGAAAAUUACAAGUGACUAUACAACUACAUAAAAUGGAAGUCGAAUUCAGUAAAGAAAACUUUUUACUGCCUGAAACUAAAUACGAAUAUUUAGAUCACACCGCCGAUGUACAGCUACACGCUUGGGGGUCUACAUUACUGGAAGCUUUUGAACAAUGUGGUAUGGCCAUGUUCGGCUAUAUGACUGAACUAGACUAUGUGUCCGUGGAACAGUGUUUUCAAAUCGAAGCUAAAGGCGAUGAUGUAGAAAGUCUAUUAUUCCACUUUUUGGACGAGUUGCUCUUUCUUUUCUCCGCCGAGCCUUUUUUAAUCUGCAAAAAAUUAGAAAUUACCAAAUUCGAUUUGGAAACAUUUGAAAUAGAAUGCCGCUGCUAUGGCGAACCUUUUGAAAUUGGAAAACAUCCGCAAGGUACCGAAGUCAAAGCCAUCACCUACUCUGCGAUGCAAGUGAUACAGGAACCCGAACGAAGUCACUAUGAAGUUUUUGUUAUAAUCGAUAUUUGAUGGUGUGAGCAAAUACAAACCAUUAUAAUUUUAUAAAAAGUUCGGCGUGAUCCGCGUGUUAUUAAUUAAAAUGCAUACAUAUUUCAAAAGGUAUUUGAAUGCACAAAAGAAAAUUGUAAGGGAUGAAAUGCGUCUUCCCACAGUGCAAUGUCUGCGAAAUUUUGGUUUUUUUUUUCAAACUAUUUUUUCAAUCAUAUAGUAAAAGGAGCAUAUACAAAUGUGUUCAUAUUUGUAUAGAAUUUUGAAGAUCAUUGAACUUUUAAUAACCUUGUAAAGGAUUGUUUUUAUCGUAAUUUAUAUAUAUGUAUGUCAAUCUAUAUACUUUUAUUAAAUUGAUGAAUUCAUAUUUACACCUAUAUAUAAUUUCUGUUCUUAUAUUAUAUUAUUCUAUUUUAUCUAAAAUAUUUUCUUAAAUUUUUAUACUUUUAAUGUGUAAAUGUAAUUAAAGUUAAACAUUGUAGGAUGAGACUACACAUGAAACUUACGUCUAAUAAUUAAAAACAAUAUUCUUUCUACUUGCAAAUAGCAUAUAUACAUUUUUCUUUCUUUAAUAAAAUCAAGUUAUUAAAAUUAUUUAAAAUUUAUGUUCGUUUUCAUUUUCUUAUUCUGAAGAGAUUUUCCAUGCUCUAAAAUUCCUCUGCAACUUGAGAAUCUAUUACUAUUAUGUUGCUUUCUUUCUCACACGCAUGUUACAGCUGAUUGUUGUCAUUAUCGCAACCUGUCUUUUGGUGAUAUAUUCGUAAAUAUUUACAUUUGUGCACUAGGUAUCUUUUGACAGUCUCGGCAGAAAUUUGCUCAAGUUAUAUUAUAAAUUAGUAACUAAUAAUAAUUACAAAACAACAAAUAAAGUUUCAACAAGAAUCCGUUGAAAAACAGAUAACAUAUUUUUCAAAUUAAAAUUGCAUUAAACAUCAAUAAAAGGUAUUUUUUAAAUUAAAGGUAAUGAGAUACCUUUUCUGUUUUAUUGGCGUAUAAUUUUACAGCUGUAGGUCUAAGUCCAUCUCCUUGGAAGAUCAAUGCUACCACAACACUAAAAAUUUAAUUGUUUUAAUAGGUGAAAUUACGUUUAUGCACAAAUCUAUUAGCGAGAUUGUUUUUUUUUUUUAAUUAUGCUUAUUAUCACAUUGCACAUGUAUUCGUUGUUCCCAGCUGUAGAGAACCACAGCUGUUCUACGCCCGGUUCGUGGCCGGUGUUGUUUCACUAAUGCCACUCAAACAUACCAUUGGGGCACUCUUUUCAGCACAUGCUCACCAAAGGCGAUGCAACCGGUGAAUGUUCGUCUUCUAUCACGCUCACACCGUUUUGAGAAAUAAAUUAAAUGAAUGAAACAUCCGCAGCUACUUUUGCGACAGCGAUUUACAUUUGACAAGUGUCAAAAUGUAAACAACAACACGAGUGACAACAAAAACGAAUUAUUUGUUGUUGCGGCUUUUCGAAAAUUCAUCGCAAGUAGAGAUAUCCGUAAAAGCAGCAAUAUCAACGGGGCAACAACAGCAGCAGCAGAGACCGAGCAAAGUUAAGAAGAAAAAACAAACAAAAAUAUCGCAAUGUACGAAAUUUAAAAUAAUAUAAUAGUGCUAAUAAUAAACAUUAACUGCUCAUUACUUAAAUACAAGCAUAUUAAUGUGGCUAUUUGCUUUUUGAAAUUUAAAGCAAUUUGAAUAAAUAUUAGACAUUCAGUUCAAGAUCUUGAACAAUAAAAAGGAAAUAUAAUAAAAAGGAUUUAUGCUAACAUUAAAAGAAGACUAAAAUUAUCACGAGUCUGAAGCAGUAAAUGGAAAAUUUAAUAUUGGAUUACAAUUAAUGCAAGAACCGUGAGCUGUUAAAUUUUUUAUGAAAAGAAUCCUUAGGUGCUAAUUUAGAGAAUAAGAAAAUUUUAAGUACAAUAAAAAAGUUAUCAACUGCAACAACA